AUGCAUGCAUGUUCUCCUAGGAAGGCACCGAUAGUGAAGGAUGAUAAGUUCUCAAAGGCCCAAUGUCCACAAAAUGAUAAAGAGAGAGAUGAAAUGAAGAUUAUUCCUUAUGCGUCGCUUGUAGGCAACUUGAUGUAUGCUCAAGUAUGUACACGGCCAGAUAUUGCUUUUGUUGUUGGUGUGUUGGGUAGAUACUUGAGUGAUCCUGGACUUAGUCACUGGAAAGCAGCUAAGAAGGUCAUGAGGUAUCUUCAGGGUACCAAGGAUCAUCUGUUGACUUACCGGCGAGCUGACACUCUUGAUAUAGUUGGGUUCAGUGAUGUCGAUUAUGCAGGAUGCGUAGAUGAUAAAACGUCCACUUCAGGCUACAUCUAUAUGAUGGCUGGAAGAGCUGUUUCAUGGAAAAGUGUCAAGCAGACUCUCACAGCUUCCUCUACGAUGGAGGCAGAGUACAUGGCAUGUUAUGAGGCCACUUGUCAAGCAAUAUGGUUGCAGAAUUUCAUUUCAGCAUUGAAGAAAGUUGCUGAAUCCCUCAUUACCAUUGAGUACACGCCUACCGCUAGCAUGUUGGCAGAUCCACUUACAAAAGGCUUACCUAUAUGUGUGUUUGCAGAACACAUUACCCGUAUGGGAUUACUAGGGGCCUAG